CGUGGACUGUCGCCAGAGCGAGUGGUCCGAAUGGGGCGACUGCGACAGAACGUGCAUCGACGUGCGGCGCGAGUACUACCGGCUGGGAAACCCGGGCGCUGUGUGUCAAAGUGAAAAAUCCCCCCACCCCAUACUCAAACUAGAGACCUGUGAUGCAGAUUUGCGGCCACAAAUCAGCUUUGUCAUGCUAGAAGGGAAAAGAUGGAAAACCUUGCAUCUUCAGCAUCACAGGGGGCAGCUGGAAGUGGGAAACAGCAUAACAAAUUGCCUGCAACCGAGGCCACAGCUGCGUCCCUUGGCCUUCUAGCAUUACAAGUCGAUUUGUGUACCCAAAUACAGCAUCACAAAUUUCGUUUUCGAUAUGGGGAGGGGGGAUUUUUCCUUUUGAUACUGUGGACUGCGCGACCAGCGCAGAUGCGGAGACGAGAGAUGAUUUUUCCAACGAUUUUAUCGUGAGAGAAACGUGUUACAGUUACACAUUGUGUUGCAAGCCAAGCAAGACGGACAACCUCUGUCAUGCUAGAAAUGCCUUGUUCGUUUUAUUCCCUUAUGAUCUUUGCAUUGCACGUUUCCUCUCUGCUCAUGCGGAGAAAAUCUGUGUCGCUAAAUUGCCAAGAGAUGUGUAACUGUAACACUUUUCUCGUUGCUGGAUAGAUUUUUCCCGAGACGGGAAGUGGAACCCCUCGAAGGGAAUCUACCAAACCUACACGCAGCAGGAGUGCGGUGCGGCGGCCGAAUUAGUUGCGUCGAAUCCGUUUUACCAGUUCUUCGACCGA